ACUUCUGUCUUCGUUUUUCUCUUUUUUCGUCCGACCAAGUCUCUUCUCCCUUGGAUCGCUGUCCAAAUGGCCUACUAUUCUCUUGUCGCUCUACUCGCCUACUCUCUCGUGUUCGUCUAUUUUUCUUUUGUUUUCAAACAAAUCGAAAUGUUUGCAAAAAAAUAGUUUUUUUCAGUUUCUGUUGCGACGGCAAAGCGUUCAGAACGCGAUCGUUCCGAGAAUUUAUUCUAUAUAUAGAAAGUUGUAGAAAAGCUGAAAAUCUAUUUUGGUUUUACAUACAUAAGCUACAAAAAGCAGAAAAAUAAUAUAAAUAAAUAAGAAUACCUCAGCGAAAAUAACUUUUAACGAAACAGUCAAUAGUUAACUCAAUCAGCUAAUAACAUUGAAAGGCUGCAGCAAGUGAUGUAAUAGAAACAGAAUCGAGGAGAAGAGGAGCAAAACAAUUCGCAUACUGCGCCGCACGUUGUUUACAAAAUAAACCAAAGAGAAAUCGGGAAAGAGGGAGAGAGAGAGAGAGAGAAGGAUGUCCAAGAAGUUGAGCGUGCGCUCCUUGAGCGACAGUUCGCUGGCCGAGUUGGCGAAUCUCUUGGUGUCCACGAUCAGCUACGUCCAGUAUGCGCCCGAUGUCAACCUGGACAUCAGCAUAGUCAUGGUCGAGCUGAACGAGUACUUGUCCCAGGCGGGCGCCACGUCGAACAUCUACCAGGAUCUGCUGCGCGUCAUUCUCAGCUCGGACUACUUGGAUGCGAACAUGCGCUUCACCUGCUUGCAAAUGCUGCUGAAUUGCGGCGUCCAUCUGCUCGUCACGGAAGUCUUUCCGCCCAGCUACUAUGAGAAAAUCCUGCAGGUGAUCGCAGCGCAGGGAUCUGCUUUGCGCGUGCUCAAUCUGAAGGGGAUUUGGGUGAAGGAGGAGCACAUGCACUACAUGUACGAUAUAGUGAGGCGCUGCAAGCAGCUAAUCAAGCUCUACGUGCCCUAUAUAGCGAACGAUCAGCUCCUGGAGGAGAUCGCCGCGAACUGCAAUCACCUUGAGAUCCUGGACAUAUCGGGGGAGACGGACAUCACAGAGAUCGGCAUCGAUUUGCUAACCAAAGGCAGCUGUGCGCAGUUCCUGACGGUCGUGGACGUGGGUAUGCCUGGCGAGGAGAAUAUUUGUUACUCUGACAUAGCUCUCAUUCUCGAGCACUGUCGGCACGUGGAGACCCUAUCGACCUACUCCUUUGUAGGAGCUGCCCUGAAGUUCAUCCACGACAACAUCGACAGAAGCUUCCAGUGCAAACUGAAGUAUGUCCACGACACGGCGACGGACGAAACGCAGCUGCAGGUGAUUGUUCAGUCGUGUCCCCAGUUGGACACGCUGUACCUGGACUCGCCCAAGCUGGGAGCACUGCGCGCCCUGCAGGCGAAGGCCUUGCGAAAGCUGAAGAUUUGCAAAUUUGUGGUCGCCGAGCUGAUGUCCUUGCUGGAGAAGCCGAUUGGCCGGAACUUGAGGCACCUGACCAUCAUCAAGGGAUCGGGCAACCUGGAGCUGGGCAAGCUAGCUAGACUGUGCCCCAUCCUCAUCGAUCUGGAUUGCUAUGUGAUUGAGAGUCUCUCCUAUGGUCAGAACCAGGCGCGAUUCCAACAGCUCGAAGGACUCGAGAUUCUUAGCUGCGAAAUGAUGACCAGCUCCCUCAAGGCGUUCCUCUGCAGUGUCACAGACCUGAAGCGCUUGGCAGUCGAUUCUGUGGACUUUACAGAUGAAGAUAUCGUUAGCAUGUUUGUUCAACACGAUUUUAAGGUCUUGGAGGAUAUUUGGUUUACGAUUGCACCAGAGCUAACGGUACAAUCUGUUGAGCUUCUCAUGGACAGCUGCCCGGAGCUUCAGAGUGUGGGCCAACUGACCGGCUGGUCCUUAUCACCAGAUGACUUAUCCCUAAUACGUGGCCUGCUCAAGAGUGGCAAUUCAAGCCUUGUACUGACUUCCAAUGGUUUAUUGGCUUAAAAAAUGAAUUUGUUUUUGCUUUGCACAUUUCGCAUCCUGCUACAGAAAAACUAAAUCUCUGCUCUUUGCAGCGCCUGCAAUAGACGUCAACGGGCUGACGACGGAUCGUUCCGGAAAUAUUUUACAUUUAAAACAAAUUAUUUAUUUUUAAUUCGUGCUUUGUGAUAUGUAAAUAAUAAAACUUUGUUGUAAAUUAAUUGAAAACAAAUGUUGCUAAGCGCAAGUGUGACCAGAGUUGAGCCAAGCAGUAUUUUUUGAGUAUAUUGUCUCGUAUAAAACAGCUGUGCCGCAGGGCUGCCAACAGUCCACAAAUGUUUAUAAAUUUUUGUUCAUUGAAAACUUAUGACUUAAAAUCUAAUACAAAUCUAAUAAUGGGCUUACACUAUCUAUUAGCUUUAAUAUUUUAGUAUUUAGAUCUAUUUGGCGUUGUUUAUUACCAUUUUCUAAAUAACGGCUUACAUCAUGUCACACCGCUCGACAGCCCUGUGCGCAACAUCCACUUUUCAUGCGCACUCAAUAAAAAAAGUAAAAUGAAAAAACGCAGCAAGGAGUUUCGCAAAUCGGAAAAUAGUAGAUUAUAAACGAAUUUCGCAGUAAACUAAUUAAUUAACUAACAGAGUGAUAUUUAAAUAAAAUAAUUAAGCAAUGAAAAAC